UCUCUCCAUCGCGUGCUGCUCCUGUAGCAUCACGGCUUUAUUAUUCGAACGUGCACGUCCGCCGAAAUAUAUAGUGCGCGUUGGUGAAUUAUACUUCUGAUUUUUGUUUUUGUUCCCCGGAGUGCCGUGGCUCGUGAUGUCGUGGCUCGUGUUUUGCUCUGUUUAAUCGGAUAGACCAAACCGAGGAUACGACUGACUGUGUGUGUGUGUGUGUGUGUGUUCUCCGGUGGGCAUUUUGAAACUGGACACCGCAGGGCCCUCUUUUCCAUGCGGAGGGAUACGUUGUUGCUGCUGACAAUGUGGAUGGAGGAGCUGUAAGAUGUCUACCGGGAGAAUGAAGCCGUCACUAUUGUAGCAAAAAAAAGAGGAAGUGGUGCGUCCGGGAGCGCGAGCCGUUUGGAUACUUUGUAACGCUCUGUUUCCGGUCGCGGGUUUCCGCUCUGUCUCUCGGUGUGUGUGUGUGUGUGUGUGUGUCUCCGCUUCCCGGAGGAUGGAGUGUAAAUAAGGACUCGCGGAGAUCCGACGCUUUUUUUUCAUGCCUCAGGUCUCGUGCGCAACUUUUUGUUUUGUUUUUUUGUUGACUUGUUUAUUGUUUGGGUUUUUUCCUCCUAUGAGACUUGGAGGCUUUUCUGCAUAAGCGCUGGAGGUGAAGCGGCUCCUACACACAGGGCUCUUUAAAGACAGCGGGGCAUGAACGAGCAGCAGGGCCACAGAAUGGCGGUCGAAACAGAUAAGGAACUCAGCGACCUCUUGGAUUUUAGUGCGAUGUUUGCACCACCUGUAGCCAACGGGAAGACUCGACCAACCACUCUGGCCAGCAGUCAGUUUGGUGGCUCAGGAUUGGAUGAACGCGGUUCCUCCGGUCCCUGGGCUGCCGGGGAACAGGGCAGCCCUUCGUUCAAUCAUGGACGGAGUUAUAGCGAGGGUUCGCACUACAGCGAGCAUGACGGCCUGUCUUCACCGUUCCUCAGCACUGGGAUUGGUGGAAAGAAUGAACGUGGACCAUAUUCAUCAUUCGGUGGGCAGCAAGGGUUCCUGCCUUCAGACAUCGUGAUGGCCAACGCUGAUGCCAUGUCUCCAUCAGGCCUGAAGUCUGGCUCUCAGUUUUACCCCACGUUCUCCAACAACCCUCGGAGACGCCCUCCAGAAGCAAACAUGGACACCCAGCCAAAAAAGAUUAGGAAGCCACCAGGACUUCCGUCUUCUGUAUAUGCCUCCACGUCCGGUGAUGAGUAUCCUCGAGACGGUGCUGGAUAUCCAGCCUCUAAACCGGGCCCUGUCUACCCCGGCUCUUUCUACAUGCAAGAGGGUCUACACCCUUCCUCUGACCCCUGGGCAACGUCUGGGCCUCUGGGCCAGUCAGGAUAUUCAGCCAUGCUGGGCAAUUCGCCCCACAUCAACCAGCCAGGCUCCUUCACUGCUGUCAAUCCACAGGACAGAAUGAAGCGCCAGCCGUUGCCUCUCUCCCCACAAAACUACCCUCUUCACGGCGCUGAUGUCAACGGCUUCCAUUCAGGCUCCGGGGCCUACAACCAGACGUCUUCUAUUAACGGAGCAGACAGCAUCAUGGUCAGUAGAAGUUCAGCUACGGGCAGCUCAGGUGACGAGAUUGGAAAAGCCCUAGCCUCGAUCUACCCUUCAGACCACAACAGCAACAAUUUCCCCUCCACACCCUCCACGCCGGUCGGCUCACCCCAAGGUAUCGCAGGUGCUUCUCAGUGGCCAAGAUCUGCGAGCCAGGCAGCUCUUUCACCGAGCUAUGAAGGUGGACUCCAUGCACUUCAAAAUAAAAUGGAGGACCAUCUAGAGGAGGCCAUCCAUGUUCUGCGUAGUCAUGCGGUGGGUCAGGGCCCAGGUUCGAGCCUUGGUGGAGCCCAUUCAGACGUUCACAGUCUGCUGAGCGCUGUCGCAUCUUCUGUUCAUAACGGAGCCCUGGGAAACCUUGUUCAGGGAUUUUCGGCCGCUGGAUUGGCUCUGGGAAACAGACAUCCCGCAAUGGGUGGAAGUCACCACGAUGACCCCGCCUGUCUCCCUCCCAGCAGCAGCCUAUUACCCACGUCCCAUACCUCGGGCACCCCACAGCCUUCAGGAGCACCGGAGGACUUCACAAGUUUGUCGGGAGGCGUAGCCUCGCACUCCUCAAACAGCAGCGGCGAUAUCAAGAGGGAAGACAAAGAUGAUGACGAGAACUCCUCCGUAGCAGAUAAGUCUGAAGAAGAAAAGAAGGACUCCAAAGUGUCUCGCAACAGAACGAGAAAGGAGGUGUUUUCCCUCCAGGUCCAUUCAAGUUUUUCAGACCAGGGAGAAGAUAAAGACGACGAGGACGAUGAAGACCUGCCUGCCGAGGUGAAGAUAGAACGGGAGAAAGAGCGACGCGUAGCCAACAACGCCCGUGAGAGGUUGCGAGUCCGGGACAUCAACGAGGCCUUCAAAGAGCUGGGCCGCAUGUGUCAACUGCACUUGAGCACGGACAAACCGCAGACCAAACUGCUUAUUCUUCACCAGGCCGUCAACGUCAUCCUCAACCUGGAGCAGCAAGUGCGGGAGCGCAAUCUGAACCCGAAGGCGGCGUGUCUGAAGCGACGGGAGGAAGAGAAGGUGUCCGGUGUGGUUGGUGACUCUCCAAUGCAGAUGCCUGGACCUCACCCUGCUCUGGGAGGAGAUGGACACAGUUCUGUCGGUCAUAUAUGAUGAUCUUUGGCUCAUGGAAGAAGUGGCCUUUUUUUUUUUUCUUCUUUUUUUUUUUUUUUAAUCUGUCCCUUCAUCCUCUACAAAGUGUGCGCGCGAGUGUGAUUUCACACGUGUUGACUUGGAAAGUGUCGUCCAUGAAAUGUAAGAGGUCGCAUCUUCACACAUCCGGAGACACAAGUGUACUGCCAAACUGACAACCCGUUCUGCUGCACUCCUGAUUGUGAUUACCAGCGUCAAUGUGAAGAACUGUGUAUUUUAUUUCUCACUUUCUCUCCUCGUUUUUUUUUUUUUUUUUUUUUGCUUCCAUGAACUGAUGGAACACAGGGAUAAAUACCGUAUUCUGUACCAUGGACAGUUCACCCCACGGCUCAGAGUGGGAAGGGAAACAUUUUUAAUCAAGGACUUGUGCCUAAAUAAUUGUUUAUAUAUAUAUAUAUAUAUAUAUAUAUAUAUAUAUAUAUAUAUAUAUAUAUAUAUAAUAUAAAUGAGAGACACUGAAGCACAUUGCUUACUUGUGUGGAACAAAUCUGUUUGGGAGUUGCUUGUAAAUAAGCAAUGUUUUUACGUAGCUUGGCAUUCCCUGCUCAGAGGUACAGUCUUACACGUGUGUUGUGUAACCAAACCCAUGUGAAGUGGGAGAGAACCUGUGGUGCUUUUUUUUUUUUUCCCCUCUUUUGUUCCCUUUUUUUCUUUUUUUCCCUCCCUCUCUCUCUCUUUUUUUCCAGAAGGGUUCAAAGGUUGUGUGUUCUGCAUAUCCCAGCAUGCCCUAGUUCUCCACUCAUUUCCACCAGUCAGAACAAACGCAAAGCUCACGAGAGCAUUUCAAAUGUGUCCAUAUCAAGAUGGCCCAAAAAUUUGUGGACACCUGACUGUUAACCCGUAGGUUUUUUUCUGAACACCCCGUUUCCACAUUUCAGGUGACGUUUUUGCUGUUCUAAUAACCUCCACUCCUCUGGGAAGAUGUUUCUCAUGAUUUUGCUGGUGGAGAUCCAUUUAGCUACAAGGGUGUUAGGUGGAGGUACGGUGAGGAGGCUCAGGGUGCAGUCCAGAGUUCAGCAGGGUUGCAGUUGGAGCUCUAUAGGAGGAGAUAUUCCAUGUAAAGCUGAUCUCCAUCGGGGUUUGGCUGAUAAAGUGUAGGGACAAUUUAAUACCACAUCCUGAGACUGAGUCUUAUAGUAAUUGCGUGUAGAUCUUUAAAUUGUAAGCACAAAUUGUUGAAGAGUCACGUGCGUUGGUGGAAAAGUCCCGUGUCCCGAUGCCUCUGCCUGUAUAGUAUAAAGUUCAAUUCUCCUAUCUCAUGUGUACACCCUGAGUGUGUGACGCCCUGAGGCCCAGCAGUGUGAGAGUUACGGUGUUAUUUUAGGGUCAUCCCAUAGUUCUCAGCUCAUACAGCAGAUCUGAUGAUGAUGAUUCGCAAGAGAGGAAAAUAUCUUCUGCGACACCGGUUCAGAGGCGCACUCGCUGAAACCUCACACUGAAACCUCACCAUGUCCACACGUGCAUAAAGGAUAUUAUUUCAACCUGAGCAGAAAUGUAAGAACGGAUAUAUAUAUAUAUAUAUCGCUAUAUAUUAAAAAAAAGUAUAUAUUUUGUUAGUAUAUACAUUGUAGAUUUAUAAAUAAUAAUAAAAAAUCACUAUUCAUUUGAAGUGUAGAAUUUAUAUUGUUCAAAAGGGAGAGAAAAAGAGAGAGGGAGGGAGAGAGAGAAAGAGAGAGAGAGAGAGAGAGAGAGAGAGAGAGAGAGAGAGAGAGAGAGAGAGAAUGAGAGGGAUAGAAAGAGAGAGAGAGAGGGAGAGAGAGAAAGGGCCCAAUGGGAUCAAAUGACUGGAGAUUUCAGAAUUUCCCCGGGUGGCAUGUCGGUCCUGCGCUCCACACGUCCACACCAUUUCCUCUCUACGUCACUGUGUUUAGGCUUCGUUUAUCUCCGUCAUGAAAUCAGGUCCACAGUCGAAUCGAUUCUCACGGAUGACCAGCGUUCCUUCGGUCGGGAAACUCGGCUUACGGCAGAUCCGUCCCUGUUCGUGAAUUCCUUUCAUAUUGAUUUAUUUUUGACAGAUUGAAGAGAAGAAUCCUGCUCGGCUCUCAUCUCACUUUGGAACAUAUUAUGCAGCUGGUUUUUGAAUGUACACUCGAAUAUAUCCUCCUUAUUUUGCUGUACGUCAGAAUACUGCCAUGUCACUUCUUUUCUUUCAUCGGACAGUAUCUAAUCCAUCUAUUUCUGAUGAGAAAAAACUUUUUUUUUAAUCGUGUGUGGUUACAUGGAUGAUGUAUGUAAGAUAAAUACAGUGUUAUGAAUGAACAUGUCUAUAAGUGUGUCUACUGUGGACACUUAUGUACCCAUAUUUCUUUGAGAUUACAGGAACACAUACGGAUUCCUAAACGAGGAUGUGACCCCUAAUUGACCUUGUGAUAUACAUAUAUAUAUUUUUUUUCUUUUUAAACGUGGCCUUGUCAUCCUCAAGGCAGUCAUAUUCGGUGCCUUAUUAGUGCCUAGUUUUCUUUCCCUUCUAAAAUCAUAUUCAUUUAUAUUUCAAAUGUUCUGAAGUGCUCAAAGUAAAUGUAUGACUCGAAAGUCUCCUGACCUUUUUUAUUUUUUUUCAGGAAUUUUUUAUUUUUUUUUCCUUCAUAAACUUAUAAAUUUCUAAUUAGGUUUGUGUGAUUUGUCAGUAUGUUGGACUUUUUAUUUUUAUUUUAUUUUUUUUCCCCCUCUCUUAUGUGUUUCUGAGAACUCAUUAUUUGGAAAGCAUGUCAAACUUCUGCAGUUUCUACACUUUCCUGCUACCAGUAUUUUUAUUUUAUUUGUCUUUUUUUUUUUUUUUUUUUUGGACCAUCAGCCGAAUUUCUACAAACAAUGCCGUAUUAUAGGCCUCUAGCAGCGAGGACACAAAAGAGCCAGCGUCUAAAAUUUGUAUAAAAUUAUAAAACAGGAUCUGAUUGGUUAAAAAAAAAAAAAAAGCAACCCUCCAUCAAUGAAAUUCCCAAAAGUUUUCUUGCUGGAUCAGUUAUGCAAACAGACCGGUGAAGGAAGUUCUUUGUAGGGUGAGGAUUAUCCCCCUCCCCCCCUCCGUUCUGCAUUAGUUUUCUAUCGUUCACACGAGACGAAAUGAUAGAUUUGGCCAAGUCUUGCAUGUCUGUGCGUGUCCAGUGGCAGAUUCUAUUUUUAUACAAUGAGAAGUGUUGCAUCUUUUUCAAAAUGCAGCAUUGAAGAGCAAAUUCUGUUGCAUCUGAAGUGAAACGUCCUGCCCGACUUUUCUCGACAUACACACCACUGUUACACUGUUAAAUAGGGGAGAUGAACAAUACAGAAUACUGCUGUUGUGGCUUCAGAGUGCCUCCUGGUGUGUGUGUGUGUGCGUGUGUGUGUGUGUGUGUAUGCUGUCUUUUCGGUCUAUUAUUUCUGUUCUUUAUUUUGUUUGUUUUUUUUAUAAAUAUAUAUAAAUCUAUAUAAAAGUAGGUAUUAAGAUUCUGUCCUGUAUAUAACAGUAAUGUAGCAAUAAAUGUGCCAUUUUUAAUAACAAAA